UGCUGGGGGGGCGAUGCCCGGCGACAGGGAGGACGAGAUUUGCCAGAAAGCGCUGCAGCUGCUGGCCGAGCUGUGCUCCGUCGGGGCGGUGGAGAACGAGAACUGCCGGGAUUUCAUCGACUACGUGCGGGACAGAGCCCGGCCCCGCCUCAGCGACUCAGAUAUCUCAAUAAGUUUGCUGUCCUUAGUUGUCACAGCCUGUGGUCUUGCUCUGUUUGGUGUCUCUCUGUUCGUGUCCUGGAAGCUUUGUUGGAUCCCUUGGCGAGAGCGUGGUCUGCCGUUUGGGAGCAAAGACAACAAACAGGAACCACUGAACUACACAGAUACAGAGACCAAUGACCAUGACUACAGUGAGGAUUAUAUGGGACAGCCUACAGCCUAUCCAGAGUCCUCCAUGAAGAUCAGCCACACCUCCCCUGAUAUUCCAUUAGAUGCUCAGGCAGGGACGAAGGAGAACUGCGUGCACGAUGCGCGAAUGCAUCGUCAGAUCACUGAGCCAACCUCUUCUGAUCGGCAUAAUUCAAUCCGAAGACAGCUCAACCUCUCCAACCCCGACUUCAACAUCCAGCAGGUUCAGAAGCAGGAGCAACUGACGGGGAUUGGCCGCAUUAAGCCAGAGCUGUAUAAACAAAGAUCAGUGGACACAGACGACGGCCGGAGGAGCAACAGCAAGGCAUGUGGAAAACUGAACUUCAUUCUGAAAUAUGAUUGUGAUUUAGAGCAGCUGAUAGUGAAGAUACACAAGGCCACCAACCUGCCAGCAAAGGACUUCUCUGGAACUUCAGAUCCAUACGUGAAGAUAUAUCUGCUUCCUGAUAGGAAAACAAAACACCAGACUAAAGUGCACAGAAAGACCCUAAAUCCAGUAUUUGAUGAAGUUUUUUUAUUUUCUGUCCCAUACAAUGAUCUGAACGCAAGGAAACUGCAUUUCUCUGUGUAUGACUUUGACAGAUUCUCCAGGCAUGACUUGAUUGGCCAAGUGGUAGUGGAUAAUUUUUUAGAUUUGGCAGAUUUUCCCAGGGAAUGUAAUAUUUGGAAGGACAUUGAAUAUGUCACUAAUGAUAAUGUGGAUCUUGGUGACCUGAUGUUUUCACUCUGCUACCUUCCAACAGCUGGUAGACUAACUAUUACAAUAAUAAAGGCAAGAAAUUUAAAGGCAAUGGAUAUCACAGGAGCAUCAGAUCCCUACGUGAAGGUUUCUUUAAUGUGUGAAGGAAGGCGACUAAAGAAAAGAAAAACUUCUACCAAGAGGAAUACCCUUAAUCCUGUUUACAAUGAAGCCAUAGUCUUUGACGUCCCUCCAGAAAACAUUGACCAAAUUAACUUGUUGAUAGCUGUUAUGGAUUAUGACCGUGUAGGUCACAAUGAGGUCAUUGGAGUAUGUCAAGUAGGCAACGAUGCAGAAAGUCUAGGUCGCGACCACUGGAACGAAAUGCUCUCAUAUCCUCGGAAACCCAUUGCUCACUGGCAUCCUCUUGCAGAGGGCCCUAUUGAGCAGAAAUGUUAUGCAGGUCUUCUGCGCUUGGAUGGCUGCCGAAGAGGCUUCCUCACCCUUUUAACCUAUUCAGCAGAAAUUUGGCAUUCCUGUUGAACUCUUUCUUAGCCAUAUCCUCAGGGGCUAUUCCACAGAGUCCAGUGGGGUAAAGAUGUCCUUUUAAUCCCUCUGUCUAAUCCUCUCCCCAAUACAGGGAAUGCUAAUCCUGAUUCGAGGCACAAAAAUUGAGCAAAGAUCUAACUAAAUUGUUUCCUAAGAGUUACUAUAAUUUACUUUUGACGUUGCUAUCACCAGCUAAAGACAGGCAGUAAUCCCAAUCAAAAGAAACUGCUAUGUUUAUGAGCAGCCAUAAUAUUACCUUCAAUGCUGAAACCUUAUUAUAUCAAGCCACAUACAAUGCCAUAAGCACCUAACAUAAAGAGGCAGGCAGUUCACAGUGUCUCUGAGUAUACCUCAGGCAUCAGGGUGCAGCAUGUUACCAGAAUGCAGCUGAGGACUUCACCUACAUGGUUGUAAGCACUAACACUUGGCAAUUCCAUAAAUGACUGUCAGGCAAUAGGAAGAUGCUACAAAAUGGAAAAAAUACCAGUCCUGCCCUGUGUCCAUAGCAAUUACAUUUCCUGGUGCCUGGGGAGCAAAGCAGCACAAUUCCAGCAGGGAGGCCUUUGGUUGCUCCCAGGCUCUUGCAGUGGGAAUGCCCCAUCCCUUCUCAGAGCGUGGGCGCUGCCAGCAUGCAAGUAAGCUGUGAAGGAGGAUCAAGCAAAGCGGGGGAGGUUUGCCUGUAUGUUUGUGCCCUGAAUAACAAGUUAGCUACUGGCUGAAGUGCCACACUCAAAAUGCCUACCUGGGCAUUUGGGAGCUGGGUUUAGAAAGCACAACACCAAGAAAGAUCUCAGCAGUAGCCAAGCAUUGAUAGGAACAGCUUUACAAAGCACAUGAGGAGUAGUGUAAUGUUUACUGUUGCCCAGUGUCUCUUAGCAAAAGUUGUCUGCAUCCUUAUAUCCAACCUGUCUUCCCUCUUUGAUAAAUUUUAUUGCAGCCAGAGCCCACAAUUAGGUUUUGACAGCUCUUCCCUUUUUACAGGCAGCCUGUUCUUUUCAUACAUGCCUGGCUAACUUCUUUAGAUUUCAUUACUGUGCAUUGCUUUUCAUGUCACUGAGCUAAACAGAGACAUAUUUUUUUCCUUCCCAGGAAUCAAGUGGGGGAGGGUGUCCAGCGCAUCCAGGCUGUGCAG